AUGAAUUUUGAUUUUUUAUAUAAAUCUAUUAUUGAAGAAGUUCGAACAAUUUUUUUUUUUUUUUUUUUUUUUUUUUUUUUUUUUUUUUUGUUUGGAUUCUACUACAAAACUCAUCAAAAAAAAAAGAUACAAAUGGCUGAUGAUAAAAAAAGAGAAUUAGAGGAAACUUCUACCACCACUGAAGAAACCUCAACAGAAGAUAAUCAUACAAAAAAGAAAUUAAAAGUUGAUCCAACUCCUUCAGUAGAAGACAAUAAUAACAAAACUACAGAAAAUAAAGAAACAGAAGAAAAUAAAGAACCAACAACUACUACCACCACUACUGAAGAAAAGAAAGAAGAGAAAAAAGAAGAAGAAAAUAAAGAAACAACAACAACUACUACUGAUGAAAAAAAAGAUGAUAAAAAAGAAGGUGUAGAAGAAGAAAAGAAAGAAGAAGAAAAAAAACCAACUUCAAUUUUUGGUUCAGGUUCAUCAAUUUUUGGUUCAGGUUUCCCAUCAACUGGAUUUGGAUCAGCAUCAAAUACAUUUUCAUUCAAUUUAAAUAGCACAUCCUCAUUUUCAUUUGGAUUUAAUAAAUCAUCAACUGAUUCAUCUUCCAAUACUACAGGAACUAGCUUAUUUGGAAAUAAUAACAAUAAUAAUAAUAAUAAUAAUAAUAAUACUAAAAACGAUGAUAGCGAAAAAUCUGAAAGUUCAGUUUCAAAUAAUGGUUGUGAUGAAUCUGAUAAUACCACAUUCGAACCAAUCAUUCAAGCUCAAGAAGUUGAGUUAAAAACUGGUGAAGAAGAUGAAACUACUUUAUGUUCUACUAAAGGUAAAUUAUAUAUUUUACAAGAUAAACAAUAUAAAGAAAGAGGUGUUGGUACAAUUAGAGUUAAUAAAGAUUUAGAAGAAAAGUCUAGAAUAAUUAUGAAUGCUGAUGGUUCAAAGAAAAAUAUUUUAAAUGUAAACAUUUUCCCAAAAAUGAAAGUAACCUCACCAAAUGAAAAAACUUUAACAUUCAUUGCAUUUGAAGAUGAUAAAAUUUGCACUUUUGUUUUAAUUGCAAAACCAGAAGAAAUUAAAAACUUUUCAACUGUUAUAAAUAAACAAAUCAGUAGCCUCGAAGUAGCUUAA